AUGGCACAAGAACAGUUAACAAAACAACGUUUAAUUUAUUCUAUAUUAAAAUUUCUCGAUAGAGAAAUACAAAAUGAAUAUGAAAAUAUUGAAAGACGAGAGAGUAUCGAAGUUGCUGUUCAAUGUCUUGAAGCAUCAUUUAAUGUAUCUCUUGCUAAUCCACAAAAUGAUACAAUUUAUGGUCCAUAUAUAGAUCUUCUAUCAAUUGUAUCUAAUAAAUCGUCAACGAAUAAAUUAUUAACAGAUGAUAUGAGACAGCAAGCAGAUAGAUUUAAAAAUCAAGGAAAUGAAUUUAUUAAACAAGAAAAAUAUAAAGAAGCUCUUGAAGCAUAUAAUGCAGCUAUACAAAUUGAUGCUAAUAAUGCUAUUUAUUAUUGUAAUCGGGCUGCUGCUCAUAAUAAAUUAGGUAACAAUGAUCAAGCAUUAAGUGAUUGUUUUCGUUCCAUUGAAAUCGAUUCAAAUUAUAGUAAAGUCUAUGGAAGACUUGGUGCCAUAUAUCUAUCAGUGGAUAAAGUACAUGAAGCACUUGAUGCCUAUAAAAAAGCUCAUACAAUUGAUCCUAAUAAUGAGAAUUAUAAACAAUCGAUACGACAUUGUGAAGAAAGAUUAAAUGAAACUGGAACUAAUACUAAUUCAACUAAUCCUUCCAAUCUAACAUCCAUGUUUGGUUCAUUAUUGGGUGGUGCAAGUGGUGGUGGACCUAAUAUGACGUCAUUUCUUAAUAAUCCUGCUUUAAUGAAUAUGGCAACACAAUUUGUACAAAAUCCACAAGUUCAAGGAUUAAUGGCUAAUUUAGUAACAAAUUUAACUGGACAAGAAGGUGGUCAAGCCGGUUUAGAUAAUUUAUUACAAGCAGGUCAACGUAUGGCAAGUGAAUUAUCAACUAAUAAUCCAAAUCUAGUUGAAUCUAUUCGACGUCAUAUGAAUAAUCCAUCUCAAUCAAAUACAAAUAAUAAUUCAACAUCAAAUUCUAAUAAUGAAGCAAAUCAAAAUAGACCACCAUCAUAA